UGGCAAAGAGGUAUAUGUUUGUUAUUUAGAUGUUCUUGGUAGCCGAACUGUGUGCUCUUAGCAACAGUUGCAAUCUGAAUACAAACAAAGCGGUCAAUCUUAGUAAUUUACAGCACAGCAUGGAAGAAGGGGAGCUGAAAGCAGAUAUCGACCUAUCAUCAGUGGCUUAUGAAGAUGAGAUCACAGUUGCAAAACUGAAAGAAGAUUCAGUUCCCAUACCAUUUGCCUCUGCAGUAAUUAAAGUAAAAGAGGAGUCAUGGGAUGGAAAUGCUUCAAUAAAGGAGGAAAUGAAGGAUGAGGUUAUAACAGAAGAUCAUGUAGCGUUACAGGAGGGUGUGGAUGUGUGCGCCAGUGAUGAGGAAGUUGGUUCAUCUUUCCGGACCCUUGAUGAAUGGCAUGACAGAAAAAUUGAAUGUGACAGUAUGAAUAAUGAGAAUUCCAAUUUAAUUGCAGUGGAUAUGAAACCAUAUCUUAUUGGACAGUUGAAUCUUGACUCUGUACAGUGUGCCAAAUCUGAAUGGGAGCAUGAAGUGGAACAUACUCUUUUGAAGAGGGAGGAAAGAUAUCACAAUGCAAAAAUAUAUAAGAAAAGUAAAAAUCUUGUUUUACAUCUACCGAAACAGGUUGUAAAGAAGCUUUACAAAUGUGAUAUCUGUAGUAAAAUAUUUUCAAAGAGCAGCAACUUGAUUCAACACAAACGGACACACACUGGGGAGAAACCUUUUAAGUGUGAUGUUUGUAAAAAAGUGUUCGCACAGAGUGGAGCUUUAUAUACGCAUCGCCAUGUCCAUACAGGAGACAAGCCCUUCUUAUGUGACAUUUGUAGUAAAGCUUUCUCCAGGAAUACAUACUUACUUCGACACCGACGUUCCCACACUGGUGAAAAGCCUUUCAAGUGUGAUAGUUGCAGUAAAGUAUUCUCUCAAAGGGAUUGUCUACUUGUACAUUUUAAAAUACACACUGGUGAGAAACAUUUCAGAUGUGAUAUUUGUAAUAAAGUAUUUUCGCAGAGAGGGAGUCUCCGCACACAUCACCUCAUGCACAGUGGAGAAAAACCUUUUAAGUGUGAUAUAUGUUGUAAAUUUUUCUCAACAAAAAGUCAAGUUGUUAAACAUCGACGGUCACAUACUGGAGAAAAACCAUAUGGAUGUGAUGUGUGUUGUAAAGUAUUUUCUCAAAGUAGAAGUCUCAUCACACACCGGCGUACACACACGGGAGAAAAACCUUUCAAAUGUGACGAAUGUGUUGACACUUUUUUGAAGAGGGAGCAUCUUGUUAUACAUCAACGCAUGCACACAGGAGAACAGCCGUUCAUCUGUGAUAUUUGUAGUAAAGUUUUUCCGCGUAAAGGAAGUCUUCUUAAACAUUUACGAUUACAUUGUAAGUAUCAAGUGAAAUGUGAAAUAACAGAAGAGUCAUGGGAUGAUGAAACUGUAAGGGAAGAGACGGAAGGUGAAAUUACCGCCGAGGGAUCAGAAUUAUGCCGGGAGAGUGAAAAGCAAGUGGGGACUGAGCAGAAGGUGAAUGUUGCCGCUCAUUAUUCUCAUUCACAACUUGAAGUACAGUCCCAAAGGUAUGGAAAGGAUGGCCCUUUUAAAUGUGAAGUUUGCGGUAAGAAUUUUUCACUAAAUUCAUCUCUGAAGAGACAUGCACGAACCCACACGGGAGAGCGACCUUUCAAGUGUGAAGUAUGCGAUUGGCAGUUCUUUGAAAGCGGUCAUUUGAAGAGACAUUAUCGCAUUCACACCGGGGAAAAGCCGUUUAAGUGUACAGUUUGCAAUUUGAAGUUUGCCACGAACUGUAACCUCAGAGCGCAUACACGUACACACACAGGUGACAAGCCGUACAAGUGCGGAAUUUGUCUCAAGCAGUUUUCACAAGGUGGAGCUCUUCAGGUUCACACGCGGAUCCACACUGGUGAGAGACCAUAUAAAUGUGAAGAAUGUGGUAAAGAGUUUUCAGAAAGUGGAAGUUUGAGGAAGCAUUUGCGGGUCCAUACGAAAGAAAAGCCAUAUAAAUGUAACAUUUGCCAGAAACAGUUUUCUUUGAGUGGCUGUCUGUCAAAACAUUACCGUGUUCACGCUGCAGAAAAGGCCUAUAAAUAUGAUUUAUAUAACAGAUAGUUACCAGAAUUUGUAUCUUAAGGUACGUGCAUAUGUUCAAGAAAAGAUCCUUGAAAAUCAGAAUAUUGCAAGUAGUAGUAAUAGUACACACGAAUUUUAUGACUAUUGUGAAACGUGCACAUUUUAAUAACAGUUGUUGUUGUUGUUGAUAAUAGUAAUAAUAUUAUAUUAUUUUAUAUUUGCAUAUAUGUAAUGUAAUGAGGGUGCCCUUAUAUUCAUAUUGAAGUUUAUUUAUUAGCAUCCAAAUCAUGACUCGGUUAAUGUCAUUACUGCACACCUGGUACCUCAAUCUUCAGUCUGACCUGCGUUUCUUCCCUAACUUUUCCGGUGUUGAAACUGUCCUCUCUCCCUCCCAUUGUGUUGACGCAGUUUGUGUGCCGCUGUGAUCCUGGAGUGGUGCACUGCCUUUUGACUUCAGAGCAACCGCGAAGGGGAAUAAGGUCGACCACUGGCUGGGUUUGUAUGCAUCGAAGGUGGGUGUUGGAUAUAAAAUUGUAUCUGGCUUCUGCAUUUAUAAUUCGCUUUUGAUUGAACAAUUCGCCCAUCUCCAGGAAGGUGAUCUGGGUGAUUUUUUUAUCAAUUUGCGUGGUUCUGUUUAUUUUGUGGUUAUAAUCUUUUUAAUUUGAAUCUGUUCUUUACUCUUGACUGCUGACCAGGCAUUGAAAGUACUGCUUUCUCUUUUCAACUAUACCACAACAACUCUGCUGCGGUUAUGACGCAAGGGUGCACUGAUGCGUAUCCUGACGUGGCCUCCCAGGUGAUGAACAGGUCUCGACGCCGGUGUCUUCUGGUACAAAACUGCAGUGAAUUAGAAGUCUGUUGCUGAGGCAACGGUUAAUUAGAAUGAAGCAAGCAACAACUUCCAAGUCAUUAUCCUUGGAACAUGGCUGUGAUCUUGAUGUUAUUAUCAUUAUUGUUAUUGUUUUUAUUGUUCAUUAUCAUCACUCCCUAUAUAAGAUUAUGCAAGGGACGUAGGAUGUGCCACAGACCGGGGUCCUUUCCCGGGGGUAAAGCGUGGCGGAGGCGUGACGCUGACCACUCGCCCCCAUCUAGUGCCGAGGUUAAGAAUGAGUAGAGGCUAUACCCCCUCUCCGACCCCCUAAUGCCUACUUGGCAUAUAGUGGGAGAACUUUAUUUUUCUUUACAUCCUAAUAUUUGAGCCAGAAAGAGAAUUCCAUAAGGUCUUAUAGAAGUGGAAAUUAAUUUAUGGGCGGCUCGCAACAUAAAUUUGCAAGGGAUGGUUGUGGCACGUACGUGUGGAAAUUCCUAUGAUAUGGGUGAAAAAAUUGUUCAUGUUAUUAAUGAUAUUAGAGUAAAAUACAUGCGGCUGACCCAUUAAGAUGUGAGCGUCGUUCUUUUCGAGUUGCUGUUGAACGAUACAAAAUGUUGUAAAUUGCCAGGUAUUGUUCAAUAUUGAUCGAAGCAUAAUUUAUGAGGUGCAUUGAAUGUGUUAUUCAGAUUGUGUAUUGUUAUCGCAUAAACUUGUGAUGCUGUUUCUUUGUUAAACUGUUGAUAUUGUUGUUAAUGUUAUCGUAAUGUUGGUGUUUGUACUGCUCAGAAUGUAUCGUCUUCAUUAUGAUGUGUCUGAAAAUAUUUCCUACCAUUUCUUUUUUAAAUAAAGCAUUAUUUUCCCACCA